UUUGCUCGUCUUUUUUACCCUUGUCCUAUAAAUUUUCAUUCCUCUUUCCCCUCAUUUUUUUUUUAUUUUUGCUUUUAUUUUUUAUUUAUUUAUCUAUCAAAAUAUGAGUACGAUUAAAAUUGCAUCGUUGCUAGUCAAAACAUUAGCAAAGCCAGUAGCCAAUUCGAUUAAAACUCAAGCAAAGCAACACCCCAAAUUUAAAGAAUUUUGUAUUAAUGUAGCUCAAGGAUCGCAUACUUUAGAAAUGACUUUAAAAAUGAAGUUUCUAGGAUAUAAAAAAGAAAAAAUUCGACCUUUAAAUGAUGCCAGAGCUAUUGAAAGUGGUGCUAACUUUCUAAGUGAAGCGUUUGUAUUUGCAGUUGCUGCAUCCGUUAUAAUCGCUGAAAGUUGGAGAUCUCGAGCAACAGCAAAAAAUCGGCGAAAUUAUGUUGAUGAUGCAUUAGAAAACUUAGAAAAUCGAACCAAAACAUUAACAGAACUAUUUGAGGAAGCACGAGAAUUAAACCAUACAAACGAAGCAAGAUUAAAACAAAUAGAGGAAGAUAAUGUGCAUUUAAGAAAGAUAUUAGAUGAGAUUUUAUCAGUUAGUAUGGGGCUUAAACGUCAUACGGAAUAUCAACAGCAACCUACUAUUAUACAGCUUCCUGGUAUUAGUGGAGAAGGGCUUUAGUUCAUUAUAAACCUCGUCGAUAAUCCUUAUAGUAUUGAAUAUUAUUUUAGUCUAUGUCAACCAAUUAUUUAUUUUUAUCCAAUUAUUAUCAGCUGCUGACUGUAAAAAAUUUCCUCCCCCCCUUUUUUUUUUUUUUUGAACAUAAAAU